AAAUCGCGGUGAUGGCGACGACGGCUUGGCGCUGGAAGGGGACGCAGUGAAGCUGGCCUCGGUUUGGAUAUGACUAAUGUCUAUUUGUUAAAGAUUGGUUUGCUACUUAGCUAUUGCAUGGGCUUUGGAUGAAUCUCGGGCUUCUUACUUCUCAUCACUCCUUUUCUGAUUUCCAUGUCUUACUUGUGAGAGUUUCCAAACGGGAUCACCGGGAUUGCAAAUCAUCCGUUGUUGGUUGUCUGUGAUUGAUCCAGGCCGGAGUUUGUUGUUGGGUGACCCACACUCCUUCACAGGGGCCAUGGAGGAGGAGGGGCAGCAGAGCCUGGAGUGCAUCCAGGCCAAUCAGAUCUUCCCCAAGAAGUCCCCCGUCCUGGAAGAGGAAAAUAUGCAGGUGCCCUUUCCUGAGCUGCAUGGGGAGUUCACAGAGUAUGUAGGGAGAGCAGAGGAUGCGAUCAUCGCCAUGUCCAACUACCGCCUACACAUAAAGUUCAAGGAGUCCGUUGUCAAUGUCCCUCUUCAGCUGAUUGAGAGUGUGGAGUGCCGUGAUAUGUUCCAGCUUCAUGUCACCUGUAAGGACUGCAAAGUUGUCAGGUGUCAGUUUUCCACCUUUGAGCAGGGUCAGGAAUGGCUCAAACGCCUGAACGCAGUUGUACGCCCCCCCUCUCGCUUGGAGGAUCUAUUUUCCUUUGCCUUCCACGCCUGGUGCAUGGAGGUCUAUGCUGGUGAGAAGGAGCAGCAUGGCGAGCUGUGCAGGCCAGGUGAACACGUGACCUCGUGGUUCAAGAAUGAGGUGGAGAGGAUGGGCUUUGACACCCAAAAUGCUUGGAGAAUAUCUGACAUCAACAGCAAAUUCAGGCUUUGCCCCAGCUAUCCCCAGCAGAUUCUGGUGCCAGUCUGGAUCACUGACAAGGAGCUGGAAAAUGUGGCAGCCUUCCGAUCUUGGAAGAGGUUCCCUGCAGUGGUUUAUAGACACCUGAGUACAGGAGCUGUUAUCGCCCGCUGUGGCCAGCCAGAGGUCAGCUGGUGGGGCUGGAGGAAUGCUGAUGAUGAGCACCUGGUCCAGUCCAUUGCCAAGGCCUGCGCCGUGGACAGCAGCUCCCGUAAACACCUUUCUAACGGCAUCUACACCAACGGCUCAGACCUGCCUGAUACUGAUUUUGAAUCAUCCAUGACCAACAACUCAGAGGUGGAGACACUUGCCAUCCAGCCCCACAAGUUGCUGAUCCUGGAUGCCAGGUCCUACGCUGCAGCUGUUGCUAACAGGGCUAAGGGUGGAGGCUGUGAAUGCCCAGAGUACUAUCCCAACUGUGAGGUGGUGUUCAUGGGAAUGGCCAACAUCCACUCCAUCCGCAAGAGUUUCCAGUCUCUGCGUUUUCUCUGCACUCAGAUGCCUGAUCCAGCCAACUGGCUUUCUGCUCUGGAAAGCACCAAGUGGCUGCAGCACCUGUCUCUGCUACUGAAGGCAGCCCUGCUGGUGGUCAAUGCUGUUGACCGAGAUCACAGGCCUGUCUUGGUCCAUUGCUCCGAUGGCUGGGACCGCACACCUCAGAUUGUUGCUCUGUCCAAGCUGCUUUUGGACCCUUACUACCGCACCAUAGAGGGCUUCCAGGUUUUGGUGGAGACCGAAUGGCUGGACUUUGGCCAUAAGUUUGCUGACCGUUGUGGCCAUGGGGACAACUCGGAGGACCUGAAUGAGCGCUGUCCUGUCUUCCUGCAGUGGCUGGACUGUGUUCAUCAGCUGCAGAGGCAAUUCCCAUGCUCUUUUGAGUUUAAUGAGGCCUUCCUGGUGAAGCUGGUGCAGCAUACAUACUCGUGUCUGUUCGGCACCUUCCUGUGCAACAGCGGCAAGGAGAGAGAAGACCGUCACGUUCAGGAGAGAACCUGCUCAGUCUGGUCACUGCUCAGACCAGCCAACCGCACACUGAGGAACAUGCUGUACUCCUCCCACUCCGAGACAGUUCUCCACCCAGUGUGUCAUGUGAGGAACCUGAUGCUGUGGACGGCAGUCUACCUGCCCAGCUCUUCCCCCACCACCCCCUCUGAUGACUCCUGCUCCCCAUACCCUGUGCCUGGUGCCAACCCAGAGGAUGCGCCCCUGGGCAGAUGUACGAAAACCCGCUCUUUUGACAACUUGCCCAGCGCAUGUGAGCUGGGAAGCUCGCUGGCUCCCAACCGCCGCUCCAGUGACCCGAGCCUCAAUGAGAAGUGGCAGGACCACCGGCGCUCUCUGGAGCUAAACAUGGCAGUGGGGCCAGAGGGAGAGGGGAAUUCAGAUCAAGAGGUGCAGCCUAACGGAGUGGGGCCUUGUCCGAACGGACUGGACUCUGAGCUGGAUGACAGCCCGCUGUCACAGGACUCGCAGGCUGUGCUUCCUGAAGAGGCCACUGUGAACCCAGCAGGAGAUGAAGCAGAGGAGGCAGAACUGUCUGUGGCAAUGGGUGUGGCUGAGACCCAAAUGGAGAAUAUUCUUCAGGAAGCCACGAAAGAGGAGGCAGGAGCAGAUGUGCAGAGAGAGAGAAGUGCUUCUGUGACUAAUGCUAGUACUUCUGCUAACACAGAAGAGAAGAUGGAAGUAACAGUUGAGGAGGAGCAUCAGAUUACAUUGGUUAAUGGGGCUGAUAUGCAGAGAAAAACAUCUGCCAAUGGUCACCAUCAAGAAAAUGGUGUGAUGGAGGUUGAGGAGGGUGGUGACUCUGUUCCUCUGCCAGCACAAAAAGAAGAGGAGCUGGAUGAACAGGCGGCUGAGGUGACUCAGACUUCAGAGGGCCCGCUGAAGCAGAAUGUAGAGGACUCUGUACAACAGGAGCUUGAACAUGGACCCAUUGAGUGCUGUUCAGACGAGCCUGAAGCCCAUAGAACUAUAACUAAUGGCUACGUGGACAGAUCGCCUGAAGAGCCAGGUGUUGACGAAACAUGCCCUGACUCUGAAUCUGAUCCCGUGGAGCCAGUAGAUAAGAGGGCCUCGCUAAUGGAAAGUUCCACGGAGACGUUAACCGAAGAGGCCUGCAGCAGAGUGGAGCUUCCAGCACAGCAACCCGUUUGCCCGAACCUCCACCACAGCAGCGAUGGCAGGUGCCAGCUUCCCUGCUCUAGAAAAGAGAGGGGCCUGGAGACAGGUGAACAGGGUUUAAACAGGACUUUAAAUGGGGGCGGCAAGCAGCCCUCUAUCAGUGCCUUUCAGUCAGUGAGUGCUGACCCUAGCAGGAAUGGACUUUUUAACGGGGACAGUUCUGAUGGAGAUCCCUGCGGAGGACCUCACUGGGCCAAAAGUAAUGGGGAGCGGGCCCCUCUGAGUCGACAGGUGUCCCUAGCUAGCUGCAACUCCCUGAUCCUCCACCCUCGGGGCAGCGGUGCUCAGCACCGCUGCUGCCACGCAGUGCUGAGCCGGGCCACUAUCAGCCCGGAGCAGCCGUCCCGCAGCCACCUAGAUGACGAUGGACUGACCCUGCACACAGACGCCAUCCAGCAAAGGCUGAGACAGAUUGAGGCGGGACACCAGAUGGAGGUGGAGACUCUGAAGAAGCAGGUGCAGGAGUUGUGGAGCCGCCUAGAGAAUCAGCAUCUUGUCGGCUCCCACAGGAUCAAUGGAGACAUAGGAGAUGAAGUGACCUCAAUGACAGACUCGGAGUACAACCUUGACCCAAAUUGCUUGUCGCGCUGCAGCACAGAGCUCUUCUCAGAGGCCAGCUGGGAGCAGGUGGACAAGCAGGACACGGAGGUCACUCGCUGGUACCCUGAUCAUUUGGCUGCCCAGUGUUACGGCUGUGAAAGCAGGUUCUGGCUUGCCACCAGGAAGCAUCACUGCAGUGGCAGGGAGCCUGUCCAGGAGGUCUGGAACUGCGGUAACGUAUUCUGCGCCAGCUGUUGCGAUCAGAAGAUCCCAGUGCCAAGCCAGCAGCUGUUUGAGCCCAGUCGUGUCUGUAAGACCUGCUAUAGCAGCCUCCAACUCAGCUCGGUCCCCCUGGAUCUCGAGCUGGAGAAACCCAUCACAGCCAGCUCCAACUGAGGACCACCGGACCAGAACGAAAGGGGAGUCGUGCUGAGCCGCCAGCUGCUGACAUGGGCGCACUGCUGAAGAGUGUGGAAGCUACACAGAAUGUCCCAUGUACUAUGAGUGUGUGUGCGCUGCAGAUAUGAAAUUUAAUGUGUAUAUACAGAGGAUGAUAUGUUGGUGACAUACCAAACGCUCUGAAAGAUGCAUGUUGCACAGAGGUGUGUGGGGGUGUGUGCAAGACAGGAUUUCUGAGUUUGUGGCAGUGAUGGGACUGCACUCCGAGGUCAGAGGAGUGAGAAUGGACAUCCUGGUGCCUUGGACCAGGCAGGCAGAGAAGGUCGUCUCACUGUGUUUGCUGAAGUCUCCUGGAGGACUUUUGUUUGAUAUUCCCUGCUCAUCAAAAUUUCUCACCAGACUUCAGAGGACCAUCAUGGCCCCAAGGAGCCUAGACUCUUCUCUGGAGUGUGUUAAUCUAGAGAAAGUGUCCAAACAGGGCAGUUUCAUGCUUUACAGAUGUCCUCACAAAUGUUUUUACAAGAAAAAACAAGGGUCAGUUCACCCAAAUGACCAAAGUGAAUCACAUUUUCUCCGUUUACUUUAAUGGUACUCAGUUAUGGGGCAGCAUGUGUUCGCAGUUUGGGUUUUAUUUUAGGUUUUUAUUAGGUUGCACCAUCAAACAUACUAAAACUGAACUAAGAUGUUCUGUAUCAUGAGUUUUGACGAUGGGGCCGUUACUAUUUCAAAGGAUACUAGAUCUUGCAGCUCCUACAUUGCAGUCCAGUAGCAUUUUUAACAAACUGCUGUCUCCUUGGUAACCACCCAAAAUCCUCCCUGUCUCUCUGUUAGAGUUUGCCCUUAUCCUGGAUAAUUUUUCUGGAUUAUUAGGUCCUGUGUAUUGGGUGAACUGAUCCCUUUGACACACCUCAGACUGAAUCUUAACAGAGAGCAUUGGCUUGCUUUAUUUUGGGUCUGUUUUUAAUCAGCUCUUCUCCCUCCCAGUCUCAAAUGAUUGUGUGUAAGAAAAAUGAUUGAAUUUCUGAAUUAAGAUUCAGCCCAGAGUGCAGACCAGACUUUGUAAUUCUUCUAAAUUCAACAUUUGUUUCAUCAUGUUUAGUCUUACAGCAGGACUAGUUAUUACGACCCAGAGGAUCCGACCCUUUAACAGCUGACAGACGCUGGGCUCUACUUCGCUGAUAACCUGGUCCUGGGAGCGCCAACUUAUGUUUCAGUUUGUGUAAGGCAGCAGAUAAGCCGCAGGAAGUUUGUGCCUGACUGUGUAAUAUUGUACCUUCAUGCCCGUCACUGACUCCCCAUCUAGCAGGCGCUGGGAGCUGGACUUCUUGCUCCUUCUUCAAUCCUUCGGUGGAAAUCAGAAUGAGAGGUGUGAAGUUUAGCACAAUGUUCAAAUUAUUUCCAUUUAAUGAUGUUGAGGCUGAUCUUACUGGUUUCCACCCUGAUCCACUGAAAGGUGGAGGAGAGCAGUGGCAGCAGAAAGGGCUCUUUGUGUUUCCCUAAAAGCCUGUAAUUCCACAUGAGAUCAGUCAGCAAAGUUUCACUGAGACGCCAACUCUGCGGGACACCCAUUCAAUGACCUCCUUGCACACACACUGACAUGCAUAUUUUUUUGUAAAAAUGAAUAAAAUUAAUAUAUUCAGAUAUCUACAUAGCAUUUAAGAAAAUGUAUAGAAUCCUUGAAUAGUGGCUCACGUAAUUAGUCACCUUUUUUUUUAUUUCUUUGUUUUCUUAUGUUGAUAAAUGGAAAGAAAAUACCUAGUUUUUGCAGCCUGUUGGAGAUGACAGGUGUCUUUCAUUUUUUUUUUUUUUUUUUUUUAAAUAGAGAGGCAGGUUGUCCUGUUUUUAUGCUGCAGUGGUUUCCCUUUGAAAUGCGAUCCUUCCUUGGAUUUUAUUUAUUGAGGUUUUGUUGUUGAAUUGCUGUUAAAAUCCAGAUAAUUCUAUUGCCACAGGAUAAUCAGUGAGUAUGACUUGGGGAAUGAGAGAUGGUUCUUAGCUCUGGCCACGGUGACGCUUAUCGUUUCAGGAUACUUUGUAUUAGCCAAUCACAGCAGGACGAGUGGGUGUAGUGCUUUUCGGAUUGCAAAGGGGGAAAAGGUAGAGAGUCAGGUGUGUUAUCUGGUCUAUGCACUUAGAGAACAGAGGUCCAAAACAAGAAACUUAAACCCAAGAUAUUCCCCUCCCCUCUUUAACUCACAAACAUGACUCCAUUCAAACAUCUACAAACACUACCUCUACUUCUUACCCAAACUCGUGCAUGCACGCACACAUCCUCUUGUUGCUGAGUGACUGUUGCUUUUCAGAUUCACACCAUCAGAAAAAGACUCUUUUGUUUCUCAUUAAAGGUACAACACUCAAGCAUAGAUUAGGAUCAUAACCAUCAUUUUUGAUGAGACGUUCGAUCUUUUUAUUCCCCAUUAUCAUCCAUCUUGUCAUGGCAGCAGCUGGCCCGCUUGUGCUGCAAGCAGUUUGCUCAUGGCACAAAAGUUGACUAUCAGAUCAGACGCACAAUUGUAACUGUUUGACAACAUGAUCCUGCUUAAUCGCACAGGAGCUGUUUGAGCCCUUGUUUCCCUUUGAUUUAAAUGUGGUAGUUAGCCAACGAAAAACGUGCAGUGGGAAGAGGAACAACAGGCUUGAAGAGCUUGUUGAGUGAUGGACGUGUUUAACCCUUUACAGACAGGAUGCUGUAAAUUCUGUGUGUCAAAUCUUUACAAAAACACUUGAUCAAAUAUUAAGUCUGUUUUGAAAGAGUAGCCUCUCGCUACUCCAAAUCUGUUUGAGAUAAUCAGAAAUUAAUAGUCACACUCAUCCUAAACAUGCUUGUGUCUGAAACAUUGAAAAAAAAAAAAAAAACAUCUUGUCAAAUUAACUGAGCAACGGGUUUAAUCUGGAAAAAAAGUGGCUAAAUGUGUAAUGUCCCUUUAUGAGCCCAGUGUGAGGCCAAAGCUCUUUCAUUCUCCCCACAGACACAUUGAACAUCGACAUCGAGCAGCAAGCGUGCUGACUCUGCGUUGUCACUACCAUUACAGGCAUGUGUGACACUAAACUUGUCUUGUUCAACAAUCCAUGAAUGUGAAUUGCCUAUAUGGUUUAAAAAAAAAAGGCUAUUUUUCUUUUUUGCACAUGACAUAAAUUAGACACUGCCACAGAGCGCAUUGAAAUAAAGCUGCAACUGAAAGAGUGCUGUGCUUUUUAGUGUUGUACGCAUGAUAAGACGAUGAGUGCUGCGUGCGAGUGUGUCUGCGAGAGCAUCUGCUGGGUAACCAUUAACACAUUUCUGUGCUUUUGUUUUUGGUUUCCCCGAUCCGAAGAGGUUUUCUUGGUCUGCAUAUGUUUUAUUUUUCUCCGCUGUUGCUGACAUUCACUGCAUUGGCCCAGUAAAGGCUUGAUAUGUGUGUGCGUGUGCAUGUGCAACAAAUAUGGAUGCAAUUGUGUGUGUGAAUGCAUCUCUUUUGAUGAGACUGGUGCCAAGCAGUUUUAUUACGGGUCUCUCACAAAGGGAUCGGUUGUAAUUUUGUUUUUCCUCCUUUCUUUUUUUUUUCUUUUUCCUUCUCUCAGUUUGAUAAGCACUUUGAAGCUUCUCAUGUCUGUCAGAGGAGUGUGUAGCUGUACAUAGCAAUUACCUGUAACAAGAAGUGCUCCUUGUUCAGUCUGAAUAUUUUGAUUUGUUGCAUUUACUUUAAAGAACAUUACAUUGUUGUAGAAUUAAAAGAAAAAACAAAAGGUAACUACUGUGUUGUUUGCUAGCAGCACCUGAUACCUGCUCUCCCUGACACCAGCUCACAUGUGGAAAAAUCUGCUCCUGAAAACUUGUAUAAAGAAGAAAAACAGACACUUUGAUCAUGUUUAAUGCAUGUUCUGGUAUACAUUUUUAAAAAUCAGGUAAAUCUUUAGUUACUGUCUAACAUCAAUGUCUACUCAUUGAAUGCAAAUUCAAGUGAAUACAUGGCAGAAAAGAACAACCAAGAGAAAGAAGAUCAAAAAGCGACAAGUGCUGCUUUAAGUAAAUCAUGCUCACUGAUGUGACAAACGGAGGUGGUUUUACUGGCCCUAAAGAAACAAUACUAGGAGGUGAUGACCUCUGACACUUACUAGACUUCAUAUCACUGCACAGAAACAGGACAUCUGCACCACAAUCAGCAGCAGCAGCAGCAGACUAAGAGCAAGCUGAGGCGGUUUCAAUCUGCCUUAUUGCUCCACGUCCGGCAUCAGAGGCAGAGCUGCGUUUUUCUUCAUCUUAGGUUUGCAGAAAACAACACAAGGAACACUUGAAGCAAAACGUUGCUUUACUUGUUGUUUUACAAAGUGUGGCCGAACGACAGCGGUCAAAGAAGCAAUCAUAUGCAGUUAUAUAUCAAAGGCUAUUGAGUCAAGAGGACCACAGAUUUGAUCCAAAGAAAGAAGACUGGUCAUGGAACAAGAAAAAGUCUUGUUUAGUUAAACUGUUUAAAUCCAAUCUAAUGUGCAAAGUAUUACCCACUCAGACCUCUUUCUCCUCAUGAUUCAUAUGUGGAAUUAAAAGUUUGAUUUUCUGAGCAGAGGGGAAAAAAAGAAACUGAUUACUCAGAUGUAAGAUUCUUCAUCAUAAGGUCGAGAUUGUAUUUCUUAACCGACAACAUCAUUAAUCUCCCUGCAACAUCUUUUAAAAACUCAUUUUUAAAAAAAAUAGACAUGGCUUUACCAGCCGACUAUUCCCUUUAUCUAUAAAAACUCAGACAGCAAUAUGUACAACUACCUUUGCAUUAUAAAGUAGAUUUUCUUGACCUGCACAUCAGUGUAUGUUCCUUGUCACCACAUCUACUGCGGGAAAGCGCCCUUGAAAACACGUGCCAGAAAAGAGGAUUGUCACAGGAGACGUCUCCCUCUGCAGGUUUGUGAUUCUAGUACGAGGAACUCGGGCUGCACUAUGUACAGGCAAUGGGGCCGAUGGUCGGCCUUAGCGAUGUGUUUGUGUGUUUGUGUGCUUGCACUUAGAGUGAAUUAAGGGUUUCUUGUGUUCUCUUCGGCCUCCAGCUGUGAGUGGCACUGAGGGUUCACACUGAUGACUGAUCCCACACCUGCAAAUCAACAAGACAGACAAAGAUCAAACAUGGUCUCUAUUUUAGCACAGGGUUCAUGUACACAUUAGCUGUGUCCCAAUUCAGUGUUUACACACUGCGAAGUGCAGGUUUGUUGGCUACAUACGUCACAAUGGCGUGCCGAGCACCAUCCCACUUGGAAGGCGCCUCCGACUCCACCCUACAAACCUGCACUCUGUUUGGCCUGUAGAAGGCAGCUAGUGGUGGAUCCUUCUCAGCCUCUUUUCUCCCAUAAUUCAUUUCACACAAAUGAGCAACAAAGCUCUGCAGAGUAUGUUUUUCUUUUGCUUCACUUGAGUAGAAAUGUGACAAAACCAAACACAUUUAAAAACAUGUUUUUUUUUUAAAUGAUUGCAUUAAAAUCUUGUAAUAUUUGACAUCCGUGGAUUUUUAAAGGAAUUUUUAAGAAAUGUCUACUUUUCUUUAGAUUAUUCAGUUAAAAAAGUAAGAUAGAACCAACUCAGUCAGUGGUAUCGUUUACUAAAGUGUCCUAUGAUAUGCAAAACUUUGGAAUUUAUGUGAUUCAACUUCUUACAUUGCUGCAAUGUAAGAAUUUGUCCUGGUUGGCUAGGUUAGCUGUUUCAUUUCACCAACAGCAAGCAACUCUGUAGCCUACGUAGACCCUGAAUUAGGAAACAGCUAUAGUUAAAAAUAAGAAUUGACAUCUAGGAAAAAUACUGGGGACUGGGUUGCUUUGACAUUUAGUAAAAAUGUACUUCAAGGACUAAUAAGAAUUUCACUAGUAGCAGAUCCUGCUGAAGAGGCUCAUUUAAACAGGUCACAGGGAAAGAAGCUGUAAUUUCAUGGUAGGUAAAGGGGCUGUUGUUCUGUAUUUCAGUUCUAUUUUAACUAAAGCAUAUUACAGGCAUUUAAUUUAAACCUUGUAUAGAGUCAACCUGUGGAUAAAAAGGACAUAAUAUGCCUAGUUUUGGGUAGGAUCAAUACAUCUUUGGUGUAGAGUCUGUUAUCAAGGUCAGGGUAAUCCCAGGAGCUUGAAUCAAAGGCAACUGAACAUUUAUGUUGCUUGAAAACAUUUCACCUCGCAUCCAAAAGGCUUCUUCAUUCCCCACCAAGA